AUGCUGCGAGUGGCUGCAUACCUCAUCCUGGCUGCGACCCUCUUCCAGCGGCAAUCUGGCCCUUCUUUUCACGCCGAUGCAUUGCAGCAGCCCUUCGGGUCUCCCCUCGUCUUGGGCAGGGGCCCACCCUCUCCCUCCAGCGAAGAGAAGUCGGCCGCUGACCUGGCCACGAAGCUCCUGCUCCUGGACGAACUGGUAUCCCUCGAGAACGACGUCACGGAGACCAAGAAGAAGCGCAGUUUCCCGGGGUUCGGCUCCCCCCUCGACAGGCUUUCGACGGCCUCCCUGGAUCUGAAAGCCAAGCAGAGGAAAGUGGCGGAGGUGCCCAAGCGGCGGUUUGGGAUUCCUCUAGACCGGAUCGGGAUGAACCGUUUGAGUAACUCCAGGGGUUAGUGGAG